UAUUUCGAGAUCACAAGGGAGGGAGAGACAGUGAUGGAAAUGGAAAUGGGGAUGGGCUCUCUUUGGCCUCACCACCAUCAAGAUCAAGUUCAACACCCUCCUCUUCCUCCUCUUCCUCCUCCCUCGGGAGCACAAGAUGCCUUCUCCUACUACUACAACUACAACUGCAACUAUUACCCUCCUCCGUUCGCGGCCGCCGCGGCGACGGACGACAUCACGCCUCCGGCGGUUUCAAGGUCAAGGGCGUCAACAAGAUCGAGGGCGGCGACGAGGAAGGACAGGCACAGCAAGAUAUGCACGGCGGGAGGGAUGAGGGACCGGCGGAUGCGGCUGUCCCUGGACGUGGCCCGCCGCUUCUUCGCCCUCCAGGACAAGCUGGGCUUCGACAAGGCCAGCAAGACGGUGCAGUGGCUGCUCGACAGGUCCACCGCCGGCAUCAACCACCUGGCCGCAUCCAUGUCCGCCUCCAUGUCCUUGUCGGAGGAGGACGGGUCGGUGCUCCUGGACCUGGACAACAACGACCACGCCACGGCCAUGGCGGCCGACGCUGAAACAAGCAAGCAGCAGGAGCAGGAGCAUCAGACAGCCAAGCCGAAAAGAAGAUCGGCUCCUGCCGCUCCAAGCCCAAGGUUAAGGAAGAAGAGCAGCGGCAACAAUGGCGCCGCCGCCCCUGUUCUCCUCCCCGACAAGGCUUCGAGGGCGAGGGCGAGGGAGAGGGCCAGAGAGAGGACCAAGGCGAGGAACCGCCUCCGGUCGGAGGCGCCGGCGCCGGCGAUGGCGGGGCAGCCAGUGGUUCUUCCGGCAGCAGCGGGCUGCAGCAACGGCUACUACGAGGAGGGGGAGCAAGAGCCAUGGGAGCUGGGAGGAGUUGUCUUUGCCAAGCCGCGCAUCCAGUACUACUACUGAUGAUCAUCCAGUCCAGUGGAAUAAAGGCCAUCCAAUUGGUACUUGCAGUUGCAGUGCAGGGCUCCUCUAUCUUCGAUCGUACGUAGUACGUGUGUUUCCAUUAACUGAUUGCUUUUCCGUCUUGAUCUUGCUUGGCCUUUUCUUCUUCUUCUUCUUCUUUAAUUCUCUGCAACACAACUUCAUCCAUCCAUCCAUCCAUCGGCGAUGAAUGGACGAUGGAUUAAUCACUCCAUCAUCACAUGCAUGUUCCUCCUUGAUUUGCUUGCUUAAUUUGUACAUCUUGCGCAGCUUAUGGAUUAUAUUUCCGAAUGAUCAUCGAGUGCUUUAAUUAAUUUGUUGCUGUGAGCUACUAGUUUGUAACCAUGACAAGUAUAUGACUCGCAACCCUUCCCUAUAUGUGUAGUAGAGAUGAGAUAUUGUUUGAGCUAUAUCCCAUGCUAGAGUUUGAAGAUACAACUUCACUUCAC